AUGAAGUUUGAACUCGUCACUCUCGGCCUCCUUGGCAUGGCUUCUGCGAGCCCUGCCCAGUCCCAGGGGACUGCGCACAGCCGCCGAGGCAACAUUUUCAAGCGCCAGGUCCCUCAGGAGCACUCUCAUGAGAUCUUCCUGACGAUCACCCGCGAGUUCCUCAACCUCAACAACCCCAAGGGCAUUUCUGAUCCUGUCUUCGGCCUCCUCGGUGACGCUGCCGCUUCCAAAGGUGCCGGCAAGGUCACCAACCUGGCAUGCCUCAAGCAGGAGACUGCUGACCAGGCCUUCACCAACGCCAAAAAGGUGGGAGAUAUCCGCGGCAUGUCCGCUGCCCUCGUCUACCAGGCCCUCGAGCGCAACACCGGCUCCGUUGGCGGCGUCAGUGCCGCUUGUACCGACAAGCCCGUCAACCCUGAAAUCGGCGCCUUCGCCCAGCACCAGGAUGCCGCCGGACCUGGCGCCCUCGCAGGCAACAAGGCCAUCGCCCUGGCUCUGGCCAAGCAGCUGGCCCUCAUCGGCGGCGAUCCGCUGCUGGCGCUCGAGAGUGGCACCUUUGUCGCCGGAGAGCUCAAUGACAGGACCGCCGCCGGCAAGUCCUGCGACAGCGCCAAUGACCCCGUCGGCUGCAUCUUCACCCAGCGCCUCCUCCUCCUCGAUGCUACCCCUGACGAGAUCAAGGCCGCCGUCAAAGAUGUCGUCCCGGCCUUCAAGGGCACCGGCCAGCUCAAGGCCACCCACAUUGACUUUGCUGGCCUUCCUGUCGCCGCUGCGACCGGCGCCGUCCUUGCUGAUGCCGGUUCGCCUGCUGGGAAGCCUGCCACCACGCCUCCCCCCUCCUCUGGUAAUGCUGCUGGCAACGCCGCUGGUAACGCUGGCAACGCCGCUGGCAACGCCGCUGACAAGCCCCCCGCUGGUGCCCCGGACGCCGAUGAGUGCGAGGCUGUGAAGCCCACUACGUCUGCCAGCCGCAGCUGCACCGUGUUCACCACGACCCUCCCCGCCGGUGCCGUCGGGACACCUGCCCCGGCCGGCGGCAACAACGCUCAAGCCGGCGGCAACAACGCUCAAGCCGGCGGCAACAACGCUCAAGCCGGCGGCAACAACGCUCAAGCCGGCGGCAACAACGCUCAAGCCGGCGGCAACAACAUUCAAGCCUUCACUGGCACCCUCGGCGGCGCUGCCCCUCCCGUCAUCAAGGGUACCGGUGACCGCCCCUUCUCCGUCAAAGGCAACACCUUUACCAGUGCCGGUGCCGCCCUUAGCCGCUCGUGUGACAUUCAGCACAACGCCUGCGCCAACGCCGCCAACACGGGCAAGCUGACCGGCGGUGUCGGUCAGUGCGAAACCCAGAACGCCCAGUGCCACGCCGCCAACUCCCUCGGCAAGCGCUCCACCUCCCGCGAGCGCUUCCUCCGCGAGCGCCGCCAGGCCACACCAGCCACUGGCAACUUUGGCUCCUGCACGGACCCCAGCAUCAAGUUCGCCGCUGGUCUCGACGGUCGCAAGGAGGCGGCCUUCAUCCCCAACAACCUCAAGGACUUUGGUCACGGCUCCGCCCAAAAGGUCGGCAUCAUCGCCGGCUUCAUCUGCCAGCGCCUCAGCGACUCGUGCAAGGCCCCCGCCGCCGUCCAGGCCUCGUGCGCCCAGGCCAGCGCCGCCGCCAUCGCCGCCGCCCAGAACCAGGCUGCUGCCGAUGCCUUCAACGGCAUCCUCAUCGGCAAGGCGGCCGCGCCUCCCCCCAAGGCUACGCCUACGCCUACACCUGCGGGCGGCGCUGCCGCUGCUAUCACGCCUGCCCCGGCUGCUGACGAGGACGCGUGCCCGCCGCCUGCUCCUGUCGUCGUGACUAUCACCAAGUGUACGUAG